ACCAAUUAUCCCAACCUUGCGUGUAGCUGGAAGCGGUGUGUGGCAUAGUUUUAAGUGCUGUUUUCUCACACUAAAUGGACGAGUAUUCUGUGUUGUUUUCCCCUUAAAUUAUCGGAAUUAACACAUUUGGAUUAUCUAUUUUUGCAUGAUAACCAUGUAUUUUGGAUUACCUGUCGGAUAAUGUGGAGUUUAGCAAUUUUAUCAAACCAUUGGCGGAUUUUUUGGAAGUAUUUACCCGAAGGUCACCGUACAUCCAGUUCGUAAAGCAAUUGGCGCUUAGAAACAGUGUAUAUGCUUCAUAUUUGCAUAAUUUCCUUCUAGUUUGGUGUAUUUUUGUAAAGGCUAGUUGAUGACAGACAGAAUGUAUCCAAACAGACACCCGUCCCAGCACCAGCCGGGUCAGCCGUUCAAAUUUACUGUGGCGGAAUCAUGUGAUAGAAUCAAAGAAGAGUUCAGCUUCCUGCAGGCACAGUAUCACAGUCUGAAGAUGGAGUGUGAAAAACUGGCCCAGGAGAAAACAGAAAUGCAAAGACAUUAUGUAAUGUAUUACGAGAUGUCUUAUGGACUCAAUGUAGAGAUGCAUAAGCAGACUGAAAUUGCGAAGAGAUUAAAUGCAAUUUGUGCUCAAGUGAUACCGUUCCUGUCCCAAGAGCACCAACAACAGGUGGCAGCGGCCGUGGAACGAGCCAAACAAGUAACAAUGACAGAACUGAAUGCUAUUAUAGGGCAACAGAUGCAGGCACAGCAUCUACCACAUGCAGCACAUGCCCCACCCAUCCCUAUGGGACCACACCCAGCAGGAUUACAGCCCCCAGGGCUUCCUGUUUCUAGUGCAGCAGGAAUGGGCCUCCUUGCUCUGGGACCCGGCUAUGCCCAACAGCAUGUCAGUUCUCUAAAAGAAGACAAAGGUGAAGACAAACAUAGAUCAUCUGCCUCACCAGCUGACCGGGACAAGUAUCGGCCCAGAAGUCACUCACCACCAGAUGUCUCUGGCGAGCCGGCAAAAAAGCGAAGACCGGAAGAGAAAGGCACCGAGAGUGAUGGAGAGAAAAGUGACACAGAUCUCGUGGUGGAUGUCGGAAAGGAAGGGGAGAACACAUCGCCUAUGAAUGGUGACCUUUCACCUCGUGAGAAGAUGAAAACAUCGGUGAUUGAGAACCAUAAAAAAGAGGAGCGAGACCGUGAUCGUGCCAGCCCACGGAGUGACUCAUCAUCAGCAUCUAAUAAACAUAAUAAAGAGAGUGAAAAAGCUGCCACACCUGUUCCAAAAUCCAGCACUCCAACAAGUUCAGGAAGUACAACACCUGGACCUUCAGCACCUCUCAAGCCUGGAGCUGUGCUUAAACCACCACAUCUAGCUGCAGGCUACCCAUUCAUGCCAUCAUCAGGGCCAAGCAUGCCAUCGGACUUGAGUCCAGCGUACUCUGGGUCUCAUGUUAACAACAUCUCACCUAAUGCACUCAGCAGCUAUCCCAGAGCUCCUAUGGACUUUCAUCCGCAUACAAGACCUGCGUUAAACGGAAACAUUCCAGGAGGAAAACCAGCUUACUCAUUCCAUGUCAGUGCAGACGGACAGAUGCAGCCGGUACCGUUCCCACCGGACGCUCUGAUUGGUCCUGGUAUACCACGACACGCUAGACAAAUAAAUACAUUAAAUCACGGGGAAGUUGUUUGUGCUGUGACCAUCAGUAAUCCAACACGACAUGUAUAUACAGGUGGAAAGGGUUGUGUAAAAGUAUGGGAUAUCAGUCAACCAGGAAACAAGAGCCCUAUCUCACAGUUAGAUUGUCUUCAAAGAGAUAAUUAUAUCCGGUCUAUAAAAUUAUUACAAGAUGGUCGUACCCUGGUUGUAGGCGGGGAGGCAAGCACACUCUCAAUAUGGGAUCUAGCUGCGCCGACCCCAAGAAUCAAGGCAGAGCUUACGUCGAGUGCUCCUGCAUGUUACGCCCUCGCCAUCAGUCCCGAUUCCAAAGUGUGCUUCAGUUGUUGUAGCGAUGGUAACAUUGCCGUCUGGGAUCUCCACAACCAAACACUAGUCAGGCAGUUUCAAGGUCACACAGAUGGCGCCAGCUGUAUAGAUAUAUCACCAGACGGUACCAAGUUAUGGACGGGUGGGCUUGAUAAUACAGUCCGAUCAUGGGAUCUCAGAGAGGGUAGACAACUCCAGCAGCAUGAUUUCAGUUCACAGAUUUUCUCCCUUGGAUAUUGUCCAACAGGGGAAUGGCUUGCAGUUGGAAUGGAGAGUAGCAAUGUAGAGGUACUUCACCACACAAAGCCAGAUAAAUAUCAGUUACAUCUACAUGAAAGUUGCGUACUCUCUCUAAAGUUUGCCUACUGUGGUAAAUGGUUUGUUAGUACGGGUAAAGACAACUUGCUAAACGCAUGGCGAACUCCGUAUGGAGCUAGCAUAUUUCAGUCAAAAGAGUCUUCUUCAGUGUUAAGUUGUGACAUUUCAACAGAUGAUAAAUAUAUUGUAACAGGCUCUGGAGAUAAAAAGGCAACUCUGUAUGAAGUUAUAUUCUGAGUUAUGGCACUUUAGUGGGGAAAACAAAUAUAUCAAGUGUUCCACAUUAUGUUGUACAAAAUUCCAGUGGAUUUUCCCCUCCUGUAAAAAUUCUUAUGCCAUUGAUGUACAAAAAAAAAAAAUCUCCUUCAAAAUUAUAUGUGAACCGGCUACUUAGCUUUAAACAUAUUUGUGAACCUAUAGAGGAGUUGUUCCCCUUUAAUGGAGAUUAAAUGGAGUGAAUAGUUGCGUUCUCUUAGUAGAUCUACUGAGAAAAGCAGUGAAUAGUACCUCACUCUGUGAAUUAGUGGCAGCUGAAUGAAGAUGGGAAGUUGGAUUUGAGGAUUGUAGAAAACACACACACAAAAAAAGUGCUGUAUUUAAAGGAACAGAAGAGAUACAGCAGGUUGUUCAAAAAUUUUGUAAGAUAUGUAGAAAAAAAAUGGAGGAAAGUUUAUUUGAAGAGUUCUGCUGUUCUCAACUAUGUACAAAUGUUGUGUUAUAUAGAUACAAGUGGCUAUUUUCGAUAUCUCGUACAGUGAUGUAAUGUUUUUUUUCUUCUAUCUUUGCUGUUGUGAAAUCCCGUACUAGUGAAAAGGUCCUAGAUAUUUCAUCUAUAUAUUUCAAAAGGCAAGGUAUUGCGCGCUUUUGAAUUUAAUACUGGUUAGCCAGGGUGUUAUCAUGACAAAGUACACUUGACAAAGUACACUUGUUUUGGUAUAAAUAUGCUGUUUUUUUUUUCACGUGCAACGUAAAUUAAAGUUGCACAUAGGUGCUUGAGUACAAUUUUCAGUAUCAUGUGUUCCCUGUCAUUUUAUCCAUGUCCACCACCAUUCCCCUUUACCAUGUGCAUUCACCAUACCAUUUUCAUAAUCUGUAAUAUGUCGUCUGCCACAUUUUUUUUUUUUUUUUUUUUUUUCAAAAUAAUUUUAUUCACAUGUAACGGUACAAACUCGGCACUGGUGUAACUUUAUCUCUAUGGUUAUCAUUGGUUACGACAUUGUUGAGUUGAAAAACCGUGGUACGCUCACGACCAAGUUCUCUUAGUACAUUGUCUAUUAGUUUAAACAUGGCUUUGUCAUUUUAGAUUCUGUUCAGUCAAUACAUUAGUAAGUGGGACUUCGAUAAACUAGCCAAGUCAUUGGUGGAUUUCUAAAAUUUUGCAUUUAUUUACUGUUACUGAACACUUAAAGCUUGGUUGUAAAUCAGCCGGGUCAGGCAUGUAUGUAUGUUGGUCCUAAAAUCAUUUUAUCUGUGCACAGGUGACAGAAAUUUUCAAAAUGGCAAACAUUCAACUUUUUUCGUGAGUUAAAUACUGUAGUUCCAGUUAAAACUGUUCAUUAAUGUGCAGAUGUAUAUCUGUAUUGAAACAUUACUCA